CCUCAGAACAACGAGUACUUCCUCCGAGUACUUUAUCCGGUUUUCAUUGACCGUCUCGUAAGACGGAUCCACCAGCGUCAGGUAUUCGCCCUCUGGCUAGAGAGCGAUACAAUUAAGGAAAGUCGCCCUACAAGAAUAUCGCACCGUUAGCCAACCCCCAGAACUCACCCCGAGUAUAAAUACGAGGGCUCGAGCACAACCUAGUCAUUACAACCCUACAACAUGAAGUUGAGGUUUAUAAUCAUUGCGGCCAUAUUCGGUGUCUGCUUCGCGAGGGAGAAGAGAUCUAUCGGCUGGUUCUCCCUGAAGAAGCCCUCCCCAGUGACCAAGUACCCAGUCUGGAAGGUACACAAGUACUCUGGAAUCGCUCUGAAACCGGUAGACGCACAUUUGGAGAGUAGCCCAGUAGAGUACGUAGUACCUGUUGAACAUCUCAGCGCACAGCCGAAAGCCGUUCAGGUUUCCGACUAUACCGCCGACCAUUAUCACGAUGAGCCUGAGCAUCUGAACAUCGAAAACCUGUCCGAAUUCCUUCCGAGAGCGAACGACGAUUCUGGAAACAUCCUGUCAUACUUUGGACUUGGCUCGACCCAUCCAGAAGCCGAAGAAAAGGUGUCGAAGGUUCCUGGUGUCGGCCUUAAGAAGAAAUGGAAGAAAAAGGACCUCCUAAGUCUUCUCGCUCUUUCAAAAUUAGUGGAUUCUAAAAAAUUAGCUUUUAAAAAAGGUGGUGUCAGCGCUUUGUUGAAAGGCCUCGUAGGUGUAGAAGAGGUAGAAGAUGUAGAUGAUGGUGUAGGACUUCAAGAAACAGUUUAUCCCGUUGAGACCACAGUCUUGAAAAGUGUGCCUGCUAAGCACAGCUUUUUCAGUAAAAUACCUUUCCUCGGCGGAUUUGGCAAAGGAGCGGUCGUUCACAUCCCAGAGCCAUCUCUCCCCAGCUUACCGGCUCUGAAGUUCGUCCCCGCUAUUCCUAAAUUGCCGAAAAUUAGCCUUUCCGGUCAUUAUAAACUCCCAUACUCUACCGGAACGUACGUCAGCAUAAGAGCACCGAAACCAGCUUUCCCCGUUGAACACGUUACAACGCAUUACGCUACCCCUGUCGCGACAUACAGUGCGCCACACCAGCAGAAUUAUUCCCCGGUGUACACUCCAGCAGAAAAGGAACCGGUACUCGAAUACAGUUUGCCACACCCGGCUCCGGAGCAGAAAUUUACCCCGUCAGCGCCGUACCCUCCAGCAUCUUAUCCCGCGCCACCUAGCAACGAGCCUGCACCCUACCCAGCAGCAGCAUCGGGACCUUAUCCACCUGCGGCUUAUGCACCGAGCCAAGGCGUCUCGGACCAGUACCAGCCGCAAUACAAAUACACUGGACCUUCUUCCUACCAGACGACUUACGACGCUUCUGUUUCCGCGUCCGAGCUAGAGCCCUCUGUCCUUCCUCUGCCGACAAACGAAAGGAAAGAAGACAGCUCAGAAACGAAAGAGGAGACUACCAACGAAGACACGGAGAAAAAUUAACCCUCAAACCCUGGUAGGAGCAGUUAUCACGUAUUUAAUUUAUUAACUAAGUCAUUGCUUUUGUAAAAUUAUAAAUAUUUAAAAUAUUUCACUAUGUGUUUUAAGAAAGUUUAAAAUUUUAUUUUUAUAUUCUCUAGAAUCAUUCUCGUUUGAGAGUGCUAUCAGUAAACUCUAAGAGUGUAAUAAAUCACAGUCUUUUCAUAAAAUAA